UAUCAAACUUCAAACAUUAGGCUCUAGUUUAGUUGGUCAUCCACAUGGACUCUUUCUCUCAAACACUAAUCGCAUUUAACUUGGUUUUUUGUCUCUUCAGGUCUGUAGCUGCAAGUGAUUCCUUAACUGUUCAAAACCCAUAUCUCAGAGAUGGCUUUAGUCUGGUCUCCAGAAAUGGAAACUUCGAAUUGGGUUUCUUCAGUCCUGGUCUUUUGGGUGAUCGUUACUUGGGAAUUUGGUUCAAGAAUCGGCGAGGUCCGACCUCUGUUUGGGUUGCAAACAGGGAAAACCCCAUUAACGGCUCGUCUGGUGUAUUGGUAAUGAACAUUACUACAGGAAAUCUUACACUCUAUGGCCAUAAUACCACGGACGUUGUUUGGUCUGCCAGGUUACUGAGAAAAGUCCCCAAUGGGGUUUUGCAGUUAUUGGACAAUGGAAAUCUUGUGCUGAGAGAUGGGGAUGUUGAAAAUCCCCAAAACUACUCCUGGCAGAGCUUCGAUUACCCCACUGACACUCUCUUGCCAGGAAUGAAGUUAGGUUGGGACUUGAGAAAUAACAUUAAUAGAAGAUUGUCUGCUUGGAAAAAUCUCAAUGACCCAUCUCCUGGGAGCUUCACUUGGAGGAUGGAGCUUCAUGAAUAUCCUGAGACUGUUAUGUGGAAUGGCUCUAAAAAAUAUUUCAGGCAUGGCCCAUGGAACGGCGUGACAAUCAGUAGCUGGCCUUUAGGUUUAGCGCCAAACUUGAUACUCCACUUUGUUUCCAAUGAGGAUGAGGUUUACUACCAAUACACUGUAAUAGAUGAGUCUUAUACAGUGAUGCUGGUGAUGAACCAAUCCAUUUAUGUUCGCACGGUGUACUUAUGGUCUGUAAACGAGAGAGAAUGGACAGUUUACAAUUCAUUACCAAGAGAUUUUUGUGACAAUUAUGCUCUGUGUGGUCCCUAUGGAUAUUGUGAUUUUAGGGUUGUUCCAUCUUGUAGCUGUCUAGAAGGAUUUAAGCCAAGAUCACUUCAGAAUUGGAAGGCAGGGGGUUUUGCAGCAUGGUUGUGAACUAA